AUGGCCAUCAAAACCAAGGACAACAAGGCCGGCAAGGGCGGCAAAAUCAACAAGAAAACUGCCGCCAAAAGCGGCCCUAAGACGCCCAAGAUUAUCUUGGUCGUCUUCCCUCAUCGAGCCUUCAAACCAAAGAGGGUUUUCAGGCUCACACUGUGGAGAAGCCGCCGGGUCAUCGUCCAGGACCCGGCCAUCAAUGGGUGGCGGCCCAUUGUCAUGCUUCUCCACGGUCCGCUCCCCAAGGACCUGGUCUCCCCCGAAGGAGAGGAGAAGUGA